AUGGAUCUCGCGUUUGUCGGCGCGGAAGGGCUCAACAACAAUGGCCCCAACGGCGGUGUCAACACGUCGCUCAGCAUCAGUCUCGACGACGAAAUUUUCGACGUCAAGAUCAUGAUCGGUCGCCUGGGCCUCGGGGCAAACGCGAUGCCGGCUGUCGAGUUCGUGGCGGUCGACAACGACCAGCCAACAUACGCCGAGCCGGGCCCGGAUCCCCUGGCUAUCGAGCCCGCCAUUGCAUACUCUCGCGCAUCUUGGGAGCCGCCUACUACCAUGCAGGAGGUAUACGAUGACGAGAACCCGGAGACGCGCGAGGCGAGGCGGACGGCACGGGCGGCAUGCGAAAUGCUCAUCGGCUAUGCCCGUGCGACAUGCAUUACUCCGCACGACCUUUGCGCUCUCUUCGAUCAUCAUCGAUCGGAUGGAGCGUGCGAGCCCCCCCUCAACCUCAACACCCCGCCGCCGCCAGCUAUGCGGGCUGAUGCUGCCGUGCCUGCCACUAACGCGGAGGCCAGCACCCCGCGUCAUCGUGGGCGUGUGCUGCCGGCGUGGAUGACAGCGCCUCCCCGCAGCCGUCACGAACUCAUAGACUCCGGGGUCGGCGCUGUCAUGGGUGGCUACGUUGACGCCGCCGAAUGGAUGACUGCCCGACUGAAGUUUGAAGAUGUGGAGGUGGAGGCGUGUGAUUGCACGCCCAUCUUUUCCUCGAGUAGCAGCUGUGGCGAGGCGAUCGCCAUCUUCCCCGCGGGGUUAGUCCCGAUACUUGGCGACGGCGCUUCCGGUAGUAGCAAUGGUAGUGGUAACAAUAGUAGCAGCAGCGGCCCAGGCGUGUCGCAAGCGCUGUGCGAACUCAAACCCGCGGCGCCCACGAGCAACGUGUCGCAGCAGGCGCAGCAGUCCCCGCGCCAGCUGUCCCUCUCGUUCUUUGCGCGCGCCAGCCUGUGCGCGGAGGGGGAAGGGGGCGCGGAAGGGGAGGCGGAGCGGCUGUUGAAGGUGCUGCUGCUGGCAGUUCCGCUGAACGCUUCCGCGGCCGCCGCGGCAGGGGGAGGGGCGGAGGGAGGAGGAGCGGGGGAGCAGGUGUGGGGGGAGUGGCGGGUGGGCGUGCCGUUGCUGCCCUGUGGAACGGGCGUGUGCACCAAGGCGCCAGCCCCAUGGGACUCGUCUAUCCUCGUGCCCUCCUGCAAGUGCCCCUUCAAUCUCCCCUCCUUCCAACCCUCGCACCUCGCCGGCCUGCCCUCCUGCUUCCUCGAUUCCUUCACGUGUCGCCAGCUCCCCCGCAACCCAUGUGCCCCGGGGGUGUGCAUGGAUGACAUAGACGGCACCUACUCCUGCCUCUGCCCCUCGCCCUUCUUCCCCUUCUUCUAUUCGAAACGCACUACCCGCUGUUACCAAUGUGCGUAA